AUGGACCGCACAGUGGUGCUCAUCACCGGCUGCUCCUCGGGCAUCGGCCUGCACCUGGCCCUGCGUCUGGCGGCAGACCCUUCCCGGAGCUUCAAAGUGUAUGCCACUUUACGGGACCUGAGCGCGCAGGGCCCGCUGUGGGAGGCCGCCGGGUCCCAAGGGUGCCCGCCCGGCUCCCUGAAGACGUUGCAGCUGGACGUGCAGGAUGCAGAUUCCGUGGCUGCUGCCAGGGCACGUGUGACUGAGGGCCGCGUGGACGUGCUGGUGUGCAACGCGGGCCGGGGCCUGCACGGGCCCAUCGAGGUGCACUCGGCGGAGGCCGUGGGCUCUGUGCUGGACGUGAACUUGGUCGGGAUGGUGCAGAUGCUUCAGGCCUUCCUGCCGGACAUGAAGCGCCGCCGCUCAGGACGCAUAUUGGUGACUGGGAGCAUGGGAGGCCUGAUGGGGCUGCCCUUCAACGCUGUUUACUGUGCCAGCAAGUUCGCCAUCGAAGGUUUAUGCGAGAGUCUGGCGGUGCUACUGCCCCCCUUCGGGAUCCAUGUGAGCCUCAUCGAGUGCGGCCCGGUGCGCACCGCCUUCCAGGGGAAAGUCCAGGACGGCCUCGACGCGGCGCUGGACAGCGCAGAUGCCCAAACCCGAGAGCUUUUCUCCCAAUACCAGCGCCACUUCGAGCAGGUCUUCCGCGAAGCGGCGCAGGACCCAGAGGAGGUGACAGAGGUCUUCCUCGCCGCGCUGCGCGCCCCGCAGCCAGCCCUGCGCUACUUCGCCUCCGAGCGCAUCCUGCCCCUGAUGCGGCUGCGCCUCGCCGACCCCAGCGGCUGCAGCUAUGUGGCCGCCAUGCACCGCGCAGUGUUCGGCGACAAGCCCGCCGAGGGUCCGGAAGGUGCUCAGGCGGAGGCUGGAGCCGGAGAACUAGGCGGCCCUGAGUUCGGCGCGUCUCCAGCUGCCCCGAAAUAAAGGCCUGG